CCGCGCCCAGGAUAAAAGGCGGGGCGGGACGCGGGGCGGCAAAGCCGCUGCCUCUCGGGAGCUGGCGGUUCGCUCUGGACCCGCACCCGCCGCCCGCAGCCCCGACCGCUCCGCCCGCGCCCCGCCGGCUCCCGUCACUGGAUAAGAGAAGACUGGAAGCAUGUCGGAGUUUUGGUUAAUUUCUGCCCCUGGCGAUAGGGAAAAUUUGCAAGCUCUGGAGAGGAUGAAUACUGUAACCUCCAAGUCCCACCUGUCUUAUAACACCAAAUUCGCUAUUCCUGACUUCAAGGUGGGGACCUUGGAUUCCCUGGUUGGCCUCUCUGAUGAGUUGGGGAAACUCGACACCUUUGCUGAAAGCCUCAUAAGGAGAAUGGCUCAGAGUGUGGUGGAAGUCAUGGAGGACUCGAAGGGGAAGGCACAGGAACACCUCCUGGCAAACGGAGGCUUGAAAGAAAAAAUGAAAUGUUUAAAGAUUGACUUAACCACCUUUGUGACCCACUUUGAAUGGGACAUGGCCAAAUAUCCUGCCAAGCAGCCACUCGUGAGCGUGGUGGACACCAUAGCCAAGCAACUGGCGCAGAUCGAGACGGACCUGAAGUCUCGAACAGCAGCCUACAACACUCUGAAGACAAACCUGGAGAACCUGGAGAAGAAAUCCAUGUCACUGGGCCAGCUGUCUUCUUGUGAAAAAAGAAAAUGGUACAUAGUGGAAAGAAAGUUAGAAACCACAGAUGAAGGACUCACUUUAAUAGAAGCCCUUGCUGUUGGAUGCCUGGCUUCGUGUCAGAAGGGGAACCUCUUCACCCGGACACUGAGCGAUAUUGUGAACAAAGAGGACUUCGUGCUGGAUUCUGAGUAUCUCGUCACGCUUCUGGUCAUUGUCCCCAAACCAAACUACUCACAAUGGCAAAAAACCUACGAAUCUCUCUCAGACAUGGUGGUCCCUCGAUCGACCAAACUCAUUACUGAGGACAAGGAGGGCGGCCUUUUCACUGUGACUCUGUUUCGAAAAGUGAUUGAAGAUUUCAAAAGCAAAGCCAGAGAAAACAAGUUCACUGUUCGUGAAUUUUACUAUGAUGAGAAAGAAAUUAAAAGGGAAAGGGAGGAGAUGGCCCGAUUGCUGUCUGAUAAGAAGCAACAGUAUCAAACUUCCUGUGUUGCUCUUAAAAAGGGAUCAUCCACCUUCCCGGACCACAAGGUUAAGGUAACCCCGCUAGGUAACCCCGAUAGGCCCGCUGCGGGGCAGAGCGACAGAGAGAGAGAGAGUGAGGGCGAGGGUGAGGGCCCCCUGCUGCGCUGGCUCAAGGUGAACUUCAGCGAAGCCUUCAUUGCCUGGAUCCACAUCAAGGCCCUGAGAGUGUUCGUGGAGUCCGUGCUCAGGCAUCUGUGGAGAUCCCGGGACUGCAACUCAGUAAUCAAGACUAUUUUCCUUAUGUCUACUUCCAUAUCGACCUUAGUCUUCUUGACUAGAAAGGCCAGCUGGCACCUGUCUCAUGUUCGUGCAGACUGUUACAGCCACCUCUUUCCUUUAGCCAGAGAAUGCCUCACAUGUCUUAUAGAACUAAGAUUUUUUUCAGAGAAAUUGCUCACAAAAGUUAGUGACAGUUGUAUUUAUUUUUUUUUAAGUUACAAUAAAAUGCUCUCAAGUCCUUUGAAUGUUCUAACAAAUUCAAAAUUUCAUUUUUCUGAAUGUUUUACAUAAAUGAUAUACCUAUAAAUUGGUAACCUGCUGCUGUAUUUCACGUCUUAAUGGCUAUUUUAAGGUUCAUAACAACAUAGAAAGCCUUGAACUGUAUAACCAGCUAGAUUCCCUAGUAAUGAUAAUCACUAGAGAUGGCCCAAAGACAGAACAGUGGGCAGGAAAUUGCAGUUCUCACUGGGCCCAGGUUCCACGCUGUGGUAGGCAUCGAUGGCACCAUCUGAACCAAAGGUCUUGUUUUUUGUUUAAAAAAGUUGAUGGGGAGGAAAGACAUCAGUGUAUCACUUCAAAAUAGUAAUUUACUGCUAACCAUCUCUUAAUUUAGCCUAUGGAUACUAAUUUCAUACAUUUAUUGGCAUUGUCCAAAAUAUUUUAUUCUUUAAUGGAAAAAGCCAUUAAUAAUCAAAUGAAGGAAUCACAUUAAAAAACCUACACAUAAGAAACAGCCUCCAAGAACAUUCAAGCAGCAGUCAGAGAGAGGAAAAAUGUUUCGACAGCCGAGUACUCUUCAAAAUAUUGUGUGACAGAAUACGAUACAAUUCACCGGCUAUAACAAUUCAUAGAAUUUUUCAAUGUUUUCUUGGGAUGCAAAAGUUCACUGUUGCAGUGUUUUCAAAUGACCAAUCAAGUACUACUUCUUGGUUUAAAAGGCCACUGGUAGAGUCAUCUGAUUGUAGAGAAUGUUCCUUCACUGCUGGAAAAAAACCGCUGGCUCCCAAGAAAAGAAAAUGGUCUGAAGCCUCUGCUGAGGCUCUCACAACUCAUCUUUCCCUAAGUCAUCGAGCUCCACAUCACUGAGGUCAAUGUCAUCCUCCACGGGAAGCUGGGAGACAGAAAUCCAUGGUUAGAUCUGCAGAAGGGGACACCCUGGAAGGCCAACAUCUCAUUUUACAGAAGAGCAACUCUCUAGACCUACUCCUCUUACAAACCAGGUUCUCCUCCGGCUGGCUCCUGCCUUGACCUUCGUACCUAUGAUUAUGUGGAUAGAAAAGCUAAGAACUUGGAUAAAACAUUGCAACAGCAUCACUCACCACUUUAACACUGAAAGCCAUUGAACUUGUACUUUUGAGGAGGGUGGGACACAACAGUACAGAAAUAAGUGCUAGUUUCAAAGCUAUAAUUUUGCAUUUUUCUAAGAUAAAGUAAAUGAAUUCCAGGUUAAAUGGUUGCUUUGAGGGUAAUAACCGGGAAAGCAACCUUACUGCUGAAAUGUAUCUUGGCUGUCUGUCAAGAAUAUCAAAUGCCAUGCAGCACUUAAACUUGUGAUAAGGAAGAUGAAGGGUCCUCAGAGAAGAACCUCUUAAAUGGCCCACGGGUACACCAAAGGGGAGGUCUGAUGGAAAGGACUUGACUCCAGGUGCAGAGAUGCACAGGCUCGAGAGUAAACCAGGGCUGUUGCCCGCACAGCCUCUCUCCCACGCACUCACCUCGCCAUCCCUGCCAUCCCAAGGCUCUUUCUCAACGAUGCUAGGGAAAGCCCCGCCUCCUACAGGUGCCGUGGAGCCACGCCCAAAAGAGAGCUCCCUUAGGGAAAAAUAACCAGAAUACACACACAUUUACAAUGGACUGCUGGUGCAGAACAAACAUUUAAAAAUAACAGCCUGCCUACUCUGUUUAUGUAGAGGCAUUUCUUGCCUCUUGCACAGCUUGAGAACAACAUCUUUUGAAUCAUGGACAACAUUACAGCCAGAUUAAACAUCCCGACUAAGCCCUCUGCAUCAGAUAAAGUCAGUUGCUACCAACAAGUUUUUAAAAACAGCAGAGUAAGGCUGGGAGCGGUGGCUCACGCCAGUAAUCCCAGCACUUUGGGAGGCCGAGGUGGGUGAAUCACGAGGUCGAGAGAUCGAGACCAUCCUGGCCAACAUGGUGAAACCCAGUCUCUACUAAAAAUACAAAAAUUAGCUGGGCGCGGUGGUAUGCACCUGUAGUCCCAGCUAUUUGGGAGGUUGAGGCAGGAGAGUUGCCUGAACCCAGGAGGCAGAGGUUGCAGUGAGCCGAGAUUGUAGCACUGCACUCCAGUCUGCUGACAGAGACUCCAUCUCAAAAAUAAAUAAAAAGCGUAUUUGCUGAAAAA